CAAAUUCAAGAAACAACGACCAGCAACUCUACUGAUCCUAAAUAUUACCUAGAAAAAGAAAAACCAGAAGAGAAAAGAGCUACUGAAAGAAGAAAAACAAUGACAAACCAAAAUCAAGACAAAAAUAAUAACACUCAAAGUCGAAAACUACCAAAAUCAAGAAUUGACGACCAGCAACUCUAA